AAAAUAAUUUCUGUCUGUCCGCAGUAUCGAACACGGGUUUAUUCUGUGGCCUUGGUUGUCAUUUUGAUGUCAGCUUUAGUCGUAGAACUUAUGGUUUUGCAGUCUUGGACAUUUUGUGCUACGGUUUGUAGUAUAAAAAGUAUACAUUUGAAGGAUAGUCAAUGAGCGAAAACGGUGAGACUCAGAAUGAGACUCCUUCUGAAUCUGACAAAAUGGAUAUUAGCGAAGUCUCAGAUCAAGUGUCUUAUGUUAGUGAGAGUCCAAGUGAGACUGUAGACAAUUCUGCAUUGAAAUAUUCAGAACCAGAUGGAUUGGUGCCACUAGAUAAUGCAUCAGCAACAGUUUCACCAAUUACUGUUGAUGCUACUACUACAGCCAGCUCAACAAGAGACAGACUUGAUUCAGCCUUAAGUCUUGAAGGAAUUGACUUGGAGUUGCCUACGCUUGAUACUUACCAAGAAGAAUAUGUGGAUUUUCCAAGCAGUCCAAAGCAGUUGAAAGAAUGUUUGGAAGCAUAUGGUUUGGCCAUGCCUCUUGAGAAGGAUUCUGGAACUGCAGGUCGUAGUGAAGAAGAAGAUGAAGAAGAAGAUACAUCCAUAUAUCAAGCUGUCCUCUCACCAGACUGUCAGGAUGUUCGACUUAAGAAAGAACACUGUGAAGAAAUUAUCAGUGUAUUCAGUGAGUCUGUUGAAAAUUUACCAUCAAGUUCUCAGGAUGGCUUCCCAGCCAAUGAAAAUAAAAUAGAAGAUUUGGCUGAUAUGAAUGGAAAUGGUAAUAAAACAUCUGAACAUUUAGAGAACUUCAAAUGUAAACUACGAAGAGUAUUAACUCCCAAUCCUGAGGAUGCUAUGUUGCCAACUUUAUAUGGAAACCAAGCUGCUAUUAAAGUACUGCCUGACACUCUACUUCAGACACCACCCAGUUCAUCAUUAAAUAUUACUAAAGCUGUCUCAUCAAAUGUCUUAAAAAUCCCUGCUUCACAACAGAGCAGGAGUGGAUUGAAUAUGGACAUGAAAAGUCAGUCUAAUUUAGAUCUUAGAAUGUCUGCUGAUUAUAGUGGAGAUUCUGUUGGUGAGGAUUCAAGUUUCAUUUUUGAACGUCGUAAUUCAAAACGUUUAGCAAAAUCGGCCUUUGGUGGACGUGUUGUAGAGGGAUUAUUUGUGGAGAGUCCCUUGAUCAAAGAUGAAUCUGUUGCAAGUAACUCAGGACUUCGGAAGAUAGCAUUGUCUCGUAGUCUGCAAAAUAUGGAGAGUCCUACAGGUGAAGAUUCACAGGGUCCAGAUGAAACCUCACCCAGUAUAUCUGAAACACAAGACAAACAAGUGUCAAUGUCAACAUUUGAAGAAAGACUUAAUUUUACUAAUUCUAACAUAAACACAGAUUUUGAGAGAAUAUCCCAAGUGUUAGCUCUACAGAACAGGGUGAUAACAUCUGUGGAGAUACACAAUGAACAGAGGGAGACUGAUAAUGAAACCCAACCAGUAAAUAGUGAUUAUAAACCUGUUCCCAGAGUACGUACUAAACCUCUUACAAAAACACAUGGUACACCAAAUUCAUUUAAUGAUGGGUCAUUCAGAAGUCCGCCAUGUCCAAAACCUCGACGGAAGUUGAAGAGUUUAUCAGAAUCAAGUUCAGAUAUUUGUAAUAGUAACAGCAAGGACAGUGAAGGUGUGAAACUUACCAGAGGACCUGUACUGCUGGAUCCCAUCACAUUGCUGCAUCAUGCACAAAGAGGAGCUCCCAGUAUCAGCCCUGUUGGUUCAGUGGAAAUUCUUCAAGAACGCCCUGGAAGUUUAGUAGCACCACAGCAAGGUGGGCGACGUAAAAUCCGUGUGAGUGCUGACAUUCUAACUGGCAGUGGUUCAGGUGGGGACACUGCAGCUGAUGGUGAAGAAUCUUCAUGUGAUAGCCGCCUGUCAGACACAGAUAUGAUGUCACCUGAUGACGAUCCAGACUUGGAUGCACUUAUGUCACCUGAUCUCGACACCCCUGAUGAGAUGGAGGACUCAAUUAUGGAACGUUUAGGAGAACCUCCUCCAGCACCAGUUCCUAUUCCAGAGUUAAGUGCAGCCGAAGAGAGAUCUGAAGCUCGUAGUUGGCGCAGUGUUGUUGUAGCUGGCUUGGAGCGGAGGAUAGACAUGAAAGUUAUUGAACCUUACAAGAGGGUAUUAUCCCAUGGUGGGUAUCUCUCAGCUGGGUCUCACAAUGCAAUCAUUGUGUUCAGUGCUUGCUUCCUGCCAGAUCACAGCCGUGUGGACUAUGAUUAUGUCAUGGACAAUCUUUUCCUCUAUGUGCUGACAACUUUGGAUCAGUUGAUUACGGAAGACUAUGUUUUGAUCUACCUCCAUGGAGCAACUUCAAGGAGUUGCAUGCCCACAUUCUCAUGGCUCAAACGCUGUUAUCAGAUGAUUGACCGACGGCUUCGUAAGAAUCUCAAAGGACUGUACUUGGUACAUCCUACUUUCUGGCUGAAAACUAUUGUUUUAAUGACACGCCCUUUCAUCAGUUCCAAGUUCAGUCGUAAGCUGAAUUUUGUGGAUAGUUUAGCAGAGUUGGCAGAUAUCGUACCACUGGAGCAGGCUAGCAUUCCUGACAGAGUGAAACAGUACGAUCAGAUCAGACAGAGCAUGGAGCAGGGCAACUAACACAAGGAUUGCUCUAGCAACCUUUAAAAUAAGAUUAGAUUUUGAACUUCAGAUUCGAUACAAGAAACGGAAAGGAAAGUUUUGGUAAUGGCAGUGAAUGGAGCAACUUGUACAACAAUGCACCUUAGUAUGUUAGUUGUUUGUAAUAAUUAUUGUUUGUGGUAAAGGCAUCACUUGACUUUUCUCAAUGCUAAGGAUACAGUUUCAUGUAAUGUGUGUGAUGGUAAUUUUUAGGGUUGCUGAUACUAACCACAAAUACAGUAUUGUGAGCAUUGUGAGAUAGUAUAUUUAUAUGGCUGUUGUUCAGACACACAUCAAGGGAUGCAGAUUGGCUUUAUGUUGCUGUAUCUAUCUAGAUACUGUACAGUUGUAGUGGCAGUUUAAAGAUUGAACUGUUGGCAACUCUAAAAAUGUAUGUAUAAUAUAGUUAUGCAGUGACUGAAGUUUGCAGCAAAUAAACACUACACAUUACCUCAUUCAUGCACAUAUAAUUCAGUAAAGGGCAAAAAGCACUUGUAAAUCUUUCUCUUUGACUUCAGGACAGUGAUAGAAAUACAAUUUUGUAAGAGGAGUUAAUUUUCUUGUUCUAUGAAAAUAAGAUUUGCUCUGCUGGACUAAGUAUUACACAAAUCAUUGUAUACUAUAAACUGUUAUGAUUCAUGUAAAAUCUUAUAUCAAGAUUUUCAUAUACUGACUUUUUCUUCUGUAUAGUAAAAAUCUUGUGGUUAAUACUGAAACAUUUAAUAGUAAUUGCAAGUAUUAAAUUAAUAAGUGGUACAAUCCCUUAUACAAGGAUACUGUAGUAGAAUAUGUGUGAUGAUAAAUAUUUUCAAUAAAUGCAUCAUUCCAGCAUAGCCCAGCCAUAUAUAAAUGAGUAUAAUUUUAACCUUGUAGUUUGUGGUAAAACAUUCCAGAAUUGUUUAUGUUUAACUUUGUCACAAUAUCAUCACAUGAAAGUAGCAUAAACUUCAUAGUGCUUUGUGGAUCACACAAUAAAUUGCCUGACCCAGUAUUCAAAUUAAGAGAAGUAACAUAAGUAUGUUUAUCAUUAUCUCAGCUUAACACACUUUUGCAUCAUACAGUUCUACUUAGAAAUGUUCAUAGGUUGAGCAACUGUGUUUAGAUUGCAAAUUCAUUAGAAAUAAUUAAUGUUCCAGAAAUAAGCCAUAUAUAACACCUAAAAUAGCAACAAUUGCAAACAUCUUUCAUCAUGGAUAAUUAAGUUAUUUUACUGAAUGUUUAUAUGUUAUUGGUUCUUAUUUUUUCAGUAAAAGAGUUGUUUUGUAUGUCUAUAAAUUCAGUCUGUAGUCCUGAAAUAUUCAUAAGAGUGCAAUCUCAAUAUAAUAUAUUGAAGCAAACUGUUUUCUGGACAUUAUCCAUUGUCCAAGAUUAAAUUAAAUAAAAUCAAUAAAACCACAAUUUUAUUUAAUCUUGGAUGAUGGAUAAUGUCCAGAAAACAGUUUACUUCAACAACGCACCAUCGUCACAAACUUUCAGAAUUUAGCUCAGUAUAAUAUGGUUCAUUACACCACAGCAGGUGGUGCUGGUGCAAGAGUAUUAGGUAUCCUAGACAAACCUUCAGCCUUAAACCCCCCCCCCCCAUUAACUUCCAAAAAUAAAUAUUGUGCAUUAUUAUGAAUAAAAAUUCUGCAUUUAUAGUUUCAGAUUUAGUUUACAUAAUAUGAUACUGAAGUUACAUUAAUGUUGUUCUACACUUCACACAAAAUAUGUAUUACAAGAAAUACACAUUAAAUUUAAAAUUUUAUUUUCUGCUCUUUCACUUUAGCAAAUGGAGAAAUAAGUUCCUCUAGGUCAGUAUUUUGUGCAGUUUCAUGUUUUUGUUUUUUUGCAAUACUGAGGAACGAAUGUUGGUUUGAUCAGCUUUAACUUCGAAGGGCUUUACUCAUCACCGGCGACAGAAAAUGGAGGGUCAAGAGAAUGCUGAUGGCAAUAAAUGUACAGAGGACACUAUGUCAGCUUAUGGUUGCAUACAAAGUUCAGUACAUCUUGUGGUGAACCAUACUUUUGAAUUUUAUUGGUUUUUUGCCUGCCCCCCAAAUUUGUGCUAUCCUAGAUGACUUGCAUAGUGGUGGUUAAAUUGGCUGUGAUUGUGGGUAUAUUCAUGUAUCCUGAAAUUUUUUUAAUUCUGUAUCCAUUUGAGCUUAAAAGUUUUCUAAAUUUAUAUUUACAAAGUAUUAUUUUGCAGUAAUCUAUGAUAGUAAAACUGCAGAUGUAGAAAUAUUGUUCUCAACUUCUUACGCUGUUCUGAAAUAUUACUUAUCUUCUGUACAUCUGUUCAUUGUAUCUUAGCAGUUGAUACAUGGCAUUAAAUAACAAAGCUAACUGUAAUUGCUCACCCAGAACUUAAAAGUUAAUUAGGAAGUCGUAUCUAGUAAAGAUGAAAAAUGUUACUGCUUGUAAUGUGGUAUAUGCCCAUUAGGAAUAUAAUGCAUGUGGUUUGGACAAACAUGCUCCUGACCAUUCAUACGUUAACAGGUCUACAGCGAUGUUGAUCAUCUGUUGCACUUUCUUAACAUAAGGGUGAAGGUACAUCAGUAGGGUAUUCCCAACUUGUGCCACAUUUUCGGGUACAAUUUUCCCACAACAGGAAUGUUUAACCUGUUUGACACAUUAUAUUUAGAUUGCACUUUAAUUUACAUUAUAUAGUGAUUUUGUUUCAGAAAAUAAUUAAAAGAAUAUUAUUUGUU